CACAAAAAAGAAAACCGAAGAAACCAAGAGGAGAGAACUAACAUUCCAAUGUCUGCUUCUCCUCUUCUCCUUCGAAACCUCUUCUCAGCUAACAAAAUACUUAUAAAACCCUAUUUCGCCAACUCCGUCAAAGCCAUGGAAGCUCGACACGAUCUCCCCAUAACCAGUCUAGAUUACCCUAAACCCAUUUCCGCUCCGCCCCCUCCGAUCUCGAAAGACAUUGAACUCAAAAGAGCCAUUGAAGCUUCUUCAAAUUCGAGUCUCUUGAAUCUUACAAGAGACUAUGUGUUAUACGAAGACGAAUGGCUCAUGGCCGUAAAUAAGCCAAAAGGUGUCUACUGCGAAUCUGUUCUUUCCUCUGCUCCUAAGAUCAUCGUUGAUUCAUCGAAUGAGUUUCAUCUCGCGAAUAGAUUAGACCGUGACACUAGCGGAGUUAUGCUCAUAACUAAAUCUCAUAAAGUCGCUGCUAAGCUCGUUAAAGCGUUCACAGAACACAAGAUUCGCAAAUCCUACAUUGCUCUCUCCAUCGGACCAUCACCAAACUGGAGCAAGAUCACGGUUAAGUCAGGACAUGGACGCUCCAAACACGGAGCUUGGCGCGUUUACGCUGCCUUGGACGUUGGUAGGGUCUUACCAGGAGGAUCAUUCGUUAGAGACAUGGAAACAACAUUUGAAGUUGUAUCCGUGAACGGCGAAAAAAACACCAACACCGAACCUUCUGAAUCAGAAAGUAUAAUUGUUGUCGAGGGCGAACCAGAAUUGAGUUGUGUCGGAGACGAUGUUGUUGUGGUAAGGGCGUUCCCACAAAGUGGUCGGACGCAUCAGAUUAGGUUACAUUGUCAGUAUCUUGGGAUUCCGAUUAGAGGAGAUGUUAAGUAUCAUGGGAUGUAUGAAUGGAAUGGGAGAGCAUCCGAGGGUCAUGAGCUUCAUGCUGAGAGUUUGUCGUUGGAUCAUCCUGUUACAGGUGAUCCUCUUGUUAUCCAGGCUCCUCCUCCGUGUUGGGCUGCCGGAGAUGUUUAAUGUAACAGUUUAAAUUUGAAUGAUUACUGCCAAGAUUUCGACAGUCA